GUGACAUUGCGGAAUACGCCGGAUGACUACGAUGGGGAUGUUCCUAAGUUCCCAAAUGAAUCUGUAGCUUGGGUCUCACUUCGUACCUAAGAACUUCAUCGUCGACGGCUGCAAUGUCCGUCGAGGUAUGGGGGAACCUACACUCAAGCUUUGAAAACAGGUCGGGUGUUAUGAAUACAGCUAACUACUUUCAAUCCAACAGUCAAUCUCUUGUGGUGCGGCCUAACGCUGACGCAGGGGCCAAGGCUUCUGAAUCUUAUACCACGCAGAACCAAGCGCCCAAGACUUCAAUACCACCGGCGUAUUUCAAAGUGGGCGGAUGCGAGAUACCUCUGAAACAGGGAGGCAACACACCGAUUGGUGGAGCAUCCCAUGGAUUGCGCCACUGUAAUACCAGCGUUACAUCUAUCACUGGGCAGCCCAAUGUUCAGUUGUAUAUGACUAACUCAACAUCGCACCACACUGAGUCAAUUCGUCAUACCCGAAUGAGUGACUUUCAGACGACAGGUCGUCUGUCGUCCUCCGCACUCCCGCCAAGAUUCCAAGAUCGCUCUCGAAGCGAUGUUCAUUUCGUACUGCCACAAGUAGCUAGCUGUCCGCGGGCGUCGCCGUCGCCGCAUACUGCGCUGUUUGGUUCCAGAGUGGCUCAUGAGAGGGCCUCGCAGACGACAACAAAUACAAUAAGCUACAAUAAACCAUCUACGUUCUUCGGUGGAAACACGUCCAGUGAGGUUCCGUAUGGACCUCCUACUUCGGAUGCGCAUGGAAGAACGACAUGGGCAAUCAGAGAAGAAUGCCUGCUCUUCAAGCAGGGUCGCUGUAUGUGGGGUCCCCGCUGUCAAAGAAUGCAUAUCUCGAGUGCAACAUCAGUGGCACGCCCACCCAUAACAAAUCCCUUCCCGGCUCAGCUUUACUCUCCACCAACUCAGGAUCAGAGGCAGAUUGGUGAUCCUUACGUAGAACCUACUCGCCUUCCUGUUCCCUUGCCAAAUGGGCUACCAAGGCCUGUACAGUUUCUCAAUCCACCGGAACCGCCACCAUUACUCCAUGGGUCAGACCUUCCGCAAGUUCCGCCACACUUAGAGUCUUCGCCGGUUUCAAGACAUCCGGAUCCGCCGCUAGCUUCCCAUGGGCCGAAGAUGAAUCCGAACAUAGAGCCCUACGUCGUAAGGCAAUUGGAGUCGUCCUCUGUAUUCACUGCACCCACUGCAUCCACUGCACCCACUCACGACAUAGCCAGUCAAGAAAAUCCUGAUCUUGAUAGCGCAUCGACCAUUUCUGACUCUCGUGGGGUAUGUCAAGCUACCGAGGACAAGAACCUAGCGGCAACGAAUGCUGAAUCAAUUUGUGUCAAGCCAUGGGCAACAGAAGAUGAUGCUCCUUGCAGUAAGAUUGAUGAUGACCAUGUUUGCGAAAUCAGAGCAAAGCAAGAUGGGGCUCCCAACAGCAAGGCCGCCGAAAGCCAGGUUAUCAAGAACAAAGCUGCUAAAACACAGGCUCUUACCGAAGGUGCUGAUGUCCCUAGCAAACCAUUAAUGUCGAAAAGGAUAUGUCGAGACUUCAUGUUCGGCUCGUGUCGGCGCCCUUUUCAAUGUCCUCUCGCACAUCCUCCUAAACACGAGUGGCACAAGUACCUUGAGAAGAAGGAUGAAGUGUGCCAAAAAUUUCAAAGAGGCGCAUGUCAUAUGGGAGAUAAAUGUCAAUAUAAUCACCCAAAGGCUGAAAUUUCCAAGACGGAUUGUCCGCCACUGUCGCAACCGCUGCCUAGGCAGGUUACGAAAACAGAGUCGGCUCAAGCGCACAAUAUGGAGGAGUCAGAGUCUCUGCAGAGUGCAAAGGAACCUUCAACGACCGGGAACUCGGCAGCCCCGGCCAAGGUAACAGCGUCCACGACGGUACCUUCCUCUUCACGCGAUACCAUACCGAAGCCCCUUGAGAGCACACUCAAGAAAUCGGUAUUUAAUGGCAAUGUUCCUGAUGACAUGUUGGCAUCUGCAAUAAAGGCAAAGCCAACAGCGAAGGCAGAAGAAAAGGUUAAGCAAACAGCAACCCGGCAGCUGAUCGAGAAGUCUGGUCAAAAGUCGCAAGCACAGCAAAAGAAAAAAUUGCACGCGGAUGCUAAGGCUUCUAAAAUGACUAUAACAACCAGAAGCCGCACAGAGAAGUCCAAGGCCAAUCAAUCUCUAAAAGCGAAUACUACUGCAACUGUGGUGCAGCUGCCACCCUCUCGAGAAGAUGAAUCCGAGGUCUCUCCUGGUUCCAGCCAUUAUGUUCUCUGUGAAACAUGCCCAUCGCGUGAUGCAUCACCAUGUCCUCCCAAACCCAAGGUGGCGUCGACAGAUGCGAGGCCUAUAGAACGCCUGCUAGACUCCAGCAAGAUUUGCUUCGACUGGCAGAGAGGCCGCUGCAAUCGCGGACAUUGUAAAUUUGCUCAUAGGCACAUCGAUGACUCUUCAUACGAAAAUAAGCCUGACGCACUUAAUGACCUCUUAAAAAAGCUAGAGGCAUCCGAGUCGAAUGCCGCACAAAGCAAGGAUCACGCUGUGCCCAAAUCUAAUCACAGUUCUUUCAUUAGCCAAUUGGUGCUCCGACGCCACAAACAGACGAUCAAUCUGAGAAGCUUUGCCUGACUAUGUUCGACUCUGCGAAGAUAGUAUUUGGACCCGGGUUCGAGGUGCAGAAAGUGGUUACGGGCUUUGAAUCACGAGCGGUCAUCUUACCCGGCCUGCCCGUCGAUGUUAAUGUGGACGCUAUCCGGAACGCCUUGGAACCAUUCGGGGAGGUCGCCGAUGUCCAGGUAGUUGCAAGAGCCAAGGAUGCAUCCAAGGUCACUGCAAAGGCAUUCUAUACGGACCAUGCCAGUGCAGCGCAAGCAGCAGCAGCGUUGGAUGGAUCAAACUUUUUUGGCACCCGUCUUAGUAUUCAACUCGCAACACACAAGUCGACGUCACUAGGGAAAGGUACGGUUUGCGACGGAGACAUCGACUUGGAAUUUUCAGCUCCCUCGAGAACAGGAUUUGCUGGAUACCCGAGCCUUUCUCUGGCUCAGCAAGCCAUUGAGGCAGCCACCAGGAAUGCAGUACUAGAUUGUUGGAUAGCAGCGGAGAUCCACAAUGGAAUUCCUAAGGUCGGUUCGGUGACCGUCCGAUUCCAACAUCUUCCGCCGAAUUUCCAAGCAAGAGAUUUUGAGAAAUUCGGUAAGAAUCAAGGCGUCAUGCUCACUAAGCCGAACUACAUGCGUUUGGAGCGAGCUCUCGAGAAUCUGCAUGACUUGCUGCAGCGCUUUGGUGAGAUGGAGACCCUGAACGUGAGCUCUCCACCCUAUCCAAGGGGCCUGGUGCGCGCCUGGGUCCACUUCAAGUCCGCAGAUGCGGCUGACAGACUUUGCAACGAACUUCAUGGACGUGGCCAGCGAUUCCUAGGAGGCGAAAGACUUUAUGUCCACCACGUGCGGUCGGUCAAAUACCGUCUUCCUCGUGAAGUAUACAAAGCUCUUUGUGUGGACAUACGGUUAUUGCGGUCCUAUGCAUGCAGCAGGGACGCGCGCUCCGAUAUCGUUGUCGUAGAUCGCAACGAUCCAGUCAUAGUCAAACUCGUGGCAAACGAACUUCCCGUCUUGUCUCGUCUCAAGUCUGCGUAUGAAACUCUUCUUCGUGGUGACAUCGUGAAACACAAUGGCGAAGUCAUCUGGGAUCCUUUUUUCGACAGGUCCUUCGGUGCAGCAUACCUUCGCGAGCUACAGAACCAGCAUCCAGGUCUCAUCAUUGAGAGAAAUCUACGCAGACGUGUUAUUUCACUUUUCGGCCCCCCUCAUAGCAGACGAUUGGUCAAAGAAGCUAUCCUCGCUCAGCUAUCACGGCUGCGUUCGCUGAAAUCGCAGAGUUUCCCAAUCGAAGGACACCUUAUUUCGCUCUUCAUGAGCGCAGAUCUAGCAAAGUUGCAAGAAGAGCUAGGUCAUGAAAAUGUGGUGUUCAAUUUGGCGAAGCAAACUUUGCUCGUGCGAGGAAAUGAGGAUGCAUUUCAGGUUGCACGUCUCGCCAUUCGCCACACGAAGCAACGUUGCAGUGGCCCUCGAAAGCACCUUCUUGACGCAUGCCCUGUGUGUUUUGAUGAAGCCACAUCGCCGGUCACUCUUCGCUGUAGCCACACGUGGUGCAAAUCAUGCCUGCGUGAUUACCUAUUGGCAUCGAUUGAUAACAAGGUCUUCCCUUUGAGUUGUUUAGGAAACGAAGCCAAAUGUGCACAUCUCAUUCCUCUUGAGGUCGCUCGGGAGGUUCUGACACCGAAGGAAUUUGAUACAAUCUUGACUGUGUCGUCCACGGCCUAUGUCCAUCUGCGUCCUUCAGAGUUCCACUAUUGCCCUACUCCCGAUUGCCCUCAGAUAUAUCGCAGCGCUCCCAAAGACACGGUCCUUCAAUGUCCCUCCUGCCUUGUCCGCAUAUGCCCCCACUGCCACGUUGAAUAUCAUGAAGGUUCUGUCUGCCCCGACCGUGACCGUGAAGACCGGAAACUGUUCGAAGAAUGGGUUAAAGACCAUGACGUCAAGAAUUGCCCUCACUGCAAGGCUCCCAUAGAAAGAGCAGCAGGCUGCAAUCAUAUGAAUUGCGCACGAUGCAAAACCCAUAUAUGCUGGGUCUGCUUACAGACCUUUUCCGGGAGCAAGGAAGUAUAUGACCACAUGCAUGACACCCACGGCGGCAUUGGGUUGUGACGAUAUUCGGUUCUGUUACUAUUACUGCUUUUUCUGUUGUCAUACUUCUAUGGAUGACUGGAUCUCUCCCUCUGUUUAACUUAUUCCUAUUCAUGCCUGUUAAUCGGAUUUGUUGUAGUAUUUGCAUGACAUGCGUUGUAUACUUACCUUACCUUGUGUCCUAUACCUAAGGCCACUCUGCAGGUUCAUCUAUGUACCAUUAGCAUAUAACCAUCUGCUCUAUAUCCAUUUCACAACUUCUGACUUAUGUG